GUUUUCCUGUUGCUCUUUCUGCCUGGACAACAUGGUGGCAAAACGAAUUCAUCCGGAACAACUACAACUCCCCCUAUGACAACUCCUGAUUGCUGCAAAGACCCUGAGGAAAUCGAGGAAAACAUUACUGUUGUGGUGUGCUCUCUAUCUGUUGAUCCGCAUGCCACAAAACUUCAGAGUGGAUGGGAUACAGAGGCACAGGAGCUGGGCUGCAUUAAUACCACAGAUCAUUGCCAUGAAAUCCAAUCCAAUGUGUCUGUGGACAUUUUUCCUCAACUGCCUACUUGCACCAUUUCCACGUGCACAGAUCCAAGCCCCGUGAAGGAUUUGGCUUUAGGCAUCCGGACCAAUAGUUCCAUCAUUCUUCACUGGGAAAUUGUUGCACAUUGCUGUCAUGCAUCCUCUAGCAUCAACCAUACCACAGUCGCUGAUGACAGCUGGAGGAAUGGUACAAUGAAGAUCACAGGGCUGUUACCUGGGGGAAAUUAUACCAUGACCCUGUACAGAACUCUAAAUGGAAGACGUAGCCAAGACACCUCCAUCAACGUGACCACAAUACCUUCACCUGUCAUAAAGAUCACAAUAAGGAAUCGCACCACGGAUUCUCUGAAGAUUGAAUGGACCCCACCUGAAGACUGUCAAGUUAAUACCUACAGAUACAAGAUUUGCAUCCUCAACUGCACAGUUGUCUCCAAAAACCCAUACACUGUGAAACAUCUGCAAGCAGGAGUUAUCUACAAUAUUGUGAUCUAUGCUGUCACCAAGAACAACAUCUCUAGUCCUGGGAAGAACAUAAAUGCCACCACAGUUCCAAGCAGCCCAAAGAAUAUAACGGUGAUUGAGUACAGCAACAACAGUUUCUCCUUUUCCUGGAAUCCUCCUGAAAAUCUUCCUGAAAACCAAUAUGCAAACUAUAGGUACUGCCUGAGCUGGUUGCCUGAAGAUGAGAAAGAGCCACAGCGAAAUAAUUGCACUACAGACUACAGUUAUACCAUCCAGAAUCUCCUACCAGGACGCCUGUACUCAGUGAAUGUGACUUCAGAGAUCAAUGGUUUUGAGAGCGAAAAAAAUACAACAUGGAUUUUGACAUUUCCAUCCCCUCCAACUGAUUUCAGCAUCCAAAACAUUAACCAGACAGCAGCCAUGUUCACCUGGGUGGCCCCAAGUCCGCCUUUCAGUGGCUACCAACUGAAGUCGAAGAGGAAGGACUCUAAGGAACAUCUGACUUGUCUUAGCAAAACUUCCAAGGAAGCUGUUUUACGUGGGCUCACUCCAAGCACCAACUACACCUUCACCCUCUUCAGCUUGGUGGAAGGGAAAGACAAGACGCAGCUCAGCACUGGCAUUCAGCUACAGAAAGCCACAAAGCCAGAAAAAGUAACUGACCUGCAGUGCAGGGCCUUGUCAGGAGGCGACAAACUAAAGUUGUCCUGGGAAUGCCCCCAAAGCAAGAUCAGUAAAUUAUGUAUCCUCGUGUCGAAUCAGACUUGGACAACAUGGGAGACUUGUGAAAAAUCAGUAGUGAUUGACGGCCUGCAACCUGCCAGGAGAUAUCGGAUACAAGCGAGAACAUAUUGGUAUGACCAGUAUGCAGUGUAUGAUCUUGAUGAUUGCUUCACUGACAGUACAGGGGUUAUCGUAGGACCUCUGGUUGCUGUGCUGCUCCUCUUAGUCAUCCUCGGCUUGCUGCUGCUCUAUUUCAGGAGGAGGAAACUCAGUAAUGGCCUGAAGAAACCAAAACCAGACGUGGGACUGUCUGAAGUCCAUGUCUCAGUGCCGCUCUCAACGUUUCCAAAUUACUGCGAUGAGAAACUUUCCAGUAGUGCCUUUGGUUUUGCCAAGGAAUACCAGCAGCUGCAGGAUAUAGGCAUGGGGCAGCCUCAGAAUGUGGCCCAGCAACCUGAGAAUCAACCCAAGAACCGCUAUUCCAACGUCGUGCCAUAUAACCAUGCCCGAGUCCAGCUCCUCCCCAGACCUGGAGACCCCAACUCUGAUUACAUCAAUGCUAGCUAUAUGCCCGGUUUCAAGGGGGAAAAGGAGUUCAUUGCAGCUCAAGGACCGCUCCAAGAAACAUUGUGUGACUUCUGGCGUAUGAUAUGGGAGCAACGGAUCACAACCUUGGUCAUGCUCACCAACUGUUUUGAGAAUGGACGCGCGAAAUGUGAACGCUAUUGGCCUCUGGAUUACACCCCUUGCACCUAUGAGGACAUCAGUGUCUCUGUUCUCACAGAAACCAUCCUCUCCGACUGGACCAUCCGGGACUUCUCCAUCAAACGAGUGAACGAAACUGAGGUCCAUCUUGCCAGGCAUUACCAUUAUUCUUCUUGGCCAGACCACGGGGUACCCGAGACCACAAGUGGUGUCCUUCACUUCCGAGACCUCGUGAGGAGGCACAUAGAGGAACACAAAGACAGUGGGCCAGCUCUGGUGCACUGCAGCGCUGGUGUGGGCCGGACAGGGACAUUCAUCGCCUUGGAUUCACUGUUGCGCCAAGCCCAAGAGGAAGGACAACUGGGCGUCUUCUCAUUUGUCCAAAGACUCAGGAUGAACCGUCCACUGAUGAUUCAGACGGAGUCCCAAUACAUUUUCCUGCACCAGUGUCUCCUAGAUGGAAUCAAAUCGGCCGUGAAGCAUGAGACGGAGAAGACAGAGAAAAAAGAGUAUACCAUUGUCUAUGAAAACACCUCGACUUUGCGGGAGUAUGAGAUCUCCCGUGUGUGAAGGAUCUCAGAGCUGGACCUGCAAAGAGUUGUGGAGGUCUAUGCCCCAGAUCUUCCCAAACCACAACACUCAAACUUUGAAGUGGUCAUUUUCCUGGGAAGCAUGGGGUAGAUAGUUUCUAAGGGGGACAUAAGUUCCUUUUUGCUUCCUCCUCAGUUCCAUGCCUGACAGAUGUUUGCAGAUGUGUUCAUGGACAUGGAGAAGAGUUUCAGAAGAAAAUGCUAGCUUCACAACAGACAACACAGCUGCAGUAAUGUUCAUGAGCAUGCCUCAGAAGUUCUGCAGUGAUCUGUUCCUCCAGAAGUAUAUUCCAAACGCAUAUCAUGUGUCUCUCUAUGAUGGCGUUGGGGGAAAAUGUGCCUGCAGGCUGUGUGUGGCCUCCAAAUCAUAAUUGUAUAGGCCGUGAUGACUCCCAACCCCCCAAAAAUUUAAUCCAUCAAUUUGGGG